AUGCUUGACAUAAGACAGCUCCACAAAAACUUUGUAACAAAUGAAAAAGAACCAUAUUUGAUUUUAUUCGUUUACGAAUAUAUCAAUGAAAUUAAGCAAUCAGGGGAAGAGACGGCAAAACUACAAGAGCUAUUGGUAACUCGACAUAAAAACUAUCUAAAUCAAAACAGACCUGAAAUCAAAAAUGAGUUGUAUGCUCAUCUGGACCUUCCCAUUUUCCGAGCUUUGAUAAAAAAGAGAAAAAGAGAACAUAACGAUGUAGAUACUGCGCCUGUCAUUACUGCCGUUGAUGAUGUGUCUGGCGAUACUUCUCUCUCUGCUUCGUCUUCCUCGACAAUAACCUUUGAUCGUAGGAACAGCUUCCCAACAUCUGUACUAUCAUCCAGUGCAAAUGUGAGUCUUAUUCUUUAUGCAGCAGAAUCUGAUGAGCUUGUCGAUAAACUAAGAAGCAUACGGGAGACAGCUCAUAAUUUGAGACAGCAAGAGAAAAAGCUGAAUGCCGUGCAGAAUCUAUGCUUGAAUCAUAUCUACUUUGUAUCUCCUCGAAGAAGCAAGUCAGUUGGACAAUAUAUGUCUUUCGAUCAACAUACUUCCUUGCUUUCUCUUGAAACUGUAGCACUCCCUAAGGUCCCUUCAAGUAUUGACUCACUUGCUACCGCGAAUCUAAAUGCCUGUUAUGAGGAUGCUAUGGAUGAAAUGGAGACGAUAAUUGCCAAAAGCAUUACUGCAUCAGAUCGACAAAGCAAACAAUAUGCCAGUGCCCUGGGCUACAUAAUACCUAACAUUCACCAAUGGAGCAAAGAAGGCGUUGGUGAAAUUAUGUUUAUUGAGAGCCAUUUUACGCCCAUGGUCACAAGAGGUGAAAAGCUCAACAUAUACCAAAUGGAAGCAAAGACGCCCGAAGCCAACAAAGGGAACUUAGACUUUGUCAAGCUUGCCAACAACAUGAAGGUUAUGGUUGAUGAACUCGUCUUUCGUGGUUGUCCUUUAGAAGCAGCUUGUUCAUAUGGUACUUUGAUUCAUGGUCAUCAAAUCAUGAAUUAUAAGAUGCGCCUUUACAAGGAUGGUGUUUAUCUUUUCCGUGAGAUAUCUGUUGGUCAUCUUCCCGAGGCAUAUAAUUAUAUAAAUUUGCUUGUCAAGAAUAUGCAACCAUUAGUGCUGUUUAAGGAAGAAAUUAAAACUGCCAUAAGUAGCGAGAGCACUCGCUCUCUUCAAGAAGUUAUCAAAAAUAAAACCAUUGUUGAUUACUUCAGAUCAAAAUCCAGCUCUUUCAAUGAUUUCAAGUCACGAUUAAUUGCAAAAUAUAAGAAUACGUUGUUGAAACUGUAUCCUGCAAAUGUUGAUGAUACUUUAUUGCAUGUUUCUGAUGAAAGAUGGAAAAGCGUUUACCACCAAAUUGAUGAUGCCAAUCUAGACCACCCUCGCCAUGAACUCAUAGCAUGGUAUUACAAAGAAGUGCUUAAAUCUGAUGAUUUAAUGACAUAUAAAUUGAGCAUUGAAGACGAAAUCUCAAGAAUUGAAACUGAAGAAGCUACCACCCUGAAAGACCAUCUAAACAAGCUUUCAGUUAGUUUAUUGAAAAACUUCAAUUCUUUGUCUUCAUUACAAAUGGGCGUUUUGAAUUUGGUUAGUAUCAAAUAUCAAGAAUUCUUCAAACAAGCCAUUCCUCUUCAUGUCUUCUUUGGCGAUAACCAAGUUGAAGAAAGCGUUAUAAGCCAAGAAGACAAAAACAGAAUCGAACAUGCUUUUGAAAAGAUGAAGGAGGUGCUUGUUAAAAAGCCAAAAAUAAUUGCAUAUGAAGCUGAUGAAGGCAGCGUAGAAGAGCAAGUGGAGAAUGUCAUGAGCCACAUUUACAAGAGUCUGCGCAUCUGGCAAAAGACAACAAUUGUUUCAGAAGCCUUUUAUGUAGAUAUUUAUUUUGUCAAUUGACUACAUUUCAAACAAUAAAUAGGCUUGUUUAUCAGUAUGAAGAAGUCUGUAAUUUAUCAAACGCAUCUGAAUUGAAGCUCUAGAAUGGAUAACAAUACCUUUGGCUGCAACCCCUAAUAAACUUGAUCUAUUUUUACAUAGAAGACUAUGAGCCAUUUG